AUGAAGAGCCGCAGGAUGCCAGAGGGAGGGCUGCAGGCGAGCCGCGAGGGCCCACGCGUCGGCGCUCCUGCGGGCGCGGAGCGCAGGAGGGACGAGGGCGCCGAGGGGCCGGAGCUGCGGGGCGCCACGCUGUCGGGGCUGGCGCGCGCGAUCGCCGCGUUCUGCCAGGAGAACAGCAUGUCUUGCCUGCUGGCGGCGCAGCCCGCACAGGGGAACGCGGCGGAGCGCCUCGUGGCUCCCGCGGGUGCGCAGACGUGCCUGCAGGCGGCCCUGCGGGGCGCCUCGGAGGCGGAGCGCAUCGUGCGAUCGUUCUUUGCGCGUCGGGCGGGCCCGCGCGGUGCGGCGGUGCCGUGCUUCUUGGCGGGGGCGGAGCAGCGUUUCGCCAGAUUGUGGGAUCUGCCGUCGUUCCGCUGCCUUUUCUCGCCAGGGCUCGGCGCCCAUCUGAGCGACAAGCCAGCGAGCACGAUUGUUUCCCUCAAGGACUGCCUGGGCAAUGUUGGCGACCAUGCUUUCUUCAACUUCCCCAUUGUAGGAGGACCAGAUCUGGCGACGCCAGCGAAAGAUUGGAAACUGAAGGACUUCGCAGGAGGUCAUGUGAUUGUUAACCAGGGCACCCCUCAAGGGUUCGUGCACGGUCUCAACUAUCCAAUGGGCACGGCGGCGGACUCUUCGUUGCUCCCGUUGCUUAUCGGCGGGGCUCGGCUUGCGAGCUCCUCCCGCACAAAGGCGGGCCUUGCUGGCGCGUGGGUCGCAAAGGAGGGCGACUUCGCGACGUGCGACGCCUAUGCAGGACCAGAAGUGGCCAUGGUGGACGACGACGGCCCUCUCUGGGUGCAGGCCUUUGUGGUCGGGAGGACAUGGGACCUGAAGACCCCGGCGCGUCACAAGACUUACCGGUGCAUACGCACACAGGAGGGGCACGUGUGUACGCACGCGUUGCUCCGAGUUUGGCCCGACGGCUCGAGCGAGAAUUUGGGCGAUAGGCUUGGGGCGUAUCACUAUCGACCCCCUGGCGGGCUGCCAGACACGGACACUGAGCAGUUCGCUGGGAGUAUGAGGUCCUCAUUGGUGGCCAGGUUUUCAGGAGCGGCGUGA